GGAAAAGGCUUUGCAAAAGAGAAGAAGGGGACACAUCUUAAGGAGGUAAAGAGAACAAUUAUGGCGCCGGUCGGAUUACCUCCUGGCUUUAGGUUCCAUCCGACCGACGAAGAGCUUGUCAAUUACUAUCUCAAGAGGAAGAUCAACGGCCAAGAAAUCGAACUCGACAUCAUUCCUGAGGUUGAUCUCUACAAAUGUGAGCCAUGGGAGCUAGCUGAGAAAUCAUUUUUACCGAGUAGAGAUCCGGAGUGGUACUUUUUCGGGCCACGGGACAGGAAGUAUCCGAAUGGAUUCAGGACAAACAGAGCGACGAGGGCUGGAUAUUGGAAGUCGACGGGGAAAGACAGGAGAGUCACGAGCCAGAAUCGAGCCAUUGGAAUGAAGAAGACAUUGGUUUACUACAGAGGACGUGCGCCACAGGGCAUAAGGACCGACUGGGUAAUGCAUGAAUAUCGCCUCGACGACAAGGAGUGCGAGGACACCACAGGAAUUCAGGACUCUUAUGCAUUGUGUCGGGUGUUCAAGAAAAAUGGAAUUUGUUCAGAAAUGGAAGAGCAAGCGCAAUGUAGUAUAUCAUUAAUCGAGAGUUCCCAAGGUGUGAUCAAUGAAACAGAGACGUUGUCGCCGGAUGUUCCCGUGGCAUCGUCGUCUGGCAUGGAAGAGGAAGAUAAAGAUGAUUCAUGGAUGCAGUUCAUCACCGACGAUCCGUGGUGUUCCUCUAACGCUGCGAUGGGUGGUGAGGAAGAUGUUUCUCAUGUCUCAUUCACAAACUGAAGGGGAAGAGAGUUAUGAUAACAUUAUAUUUGGGCCUGGCGUGGUGAGAAUAACAUAAAAAAUUUGGCUAAUUUUUCUUAUAAAAUAAGACAAAAUACAUUUUGAAAAUGUUUGUAAAAUUUGUUAAUUAUGGAUCAUUAGGGAGAUUAUUACAUCUAAUCAAUUGAUUGGAUAUGU